AUGGCUGACUCACCGGCUUCCUCUCUCUCGUCCAUCAUCACAGAAAGCUCAUCCUCGGACCACGAGGAGGCAAAGCCCGACACACCCUCCGCCUCAAACCUCCCACCGUCAAAGCGUCGCCGCACGGGGAUGGCUUCGUGGGAUCGCCAAACUCCAAUGUCAGCUCUGCAAGAUGAUAUCCCUCCAAGCUCUCCUGCCUCGACCAUCUCCUCCGAUACCUCCGGCGAGCUGCCGACCGACCAUGCGACCUUGGCCCUGCUCGGCAGUGCGAUUGGGGACGACGACUAUAGCGGCCAGGGGAAUGACCAGGUCACCAUAUGCCGCUGGGAAGGCUGCGAGGCCGGUGAUCAGGGCAACAUGGACGAGCUGGUCCGACACAUCCAUGACGCGCAUGUCGGCAGCCGACAGAAGAAGUACUCGUGCGAAUGGGUCGACUGCAGUCGCAAGGGCCAAACCCAUGCCAGUGGCUAUGCGCUACGUGCCCAUAUGAGAAGCCAUACGAGAGAGAAACCUUUCUAUUGCGCACUUCCAGAAUGCGAUCGGAGUUUCACCCGGUCGGAUGCCCUCGCCAAACACAUGCGCACCGUUCACGAGACCGAAGCACUACGACCUUCGGACCCUGUACCGAAACAUCACAACCCGGCCCUCCCUGCCCUUGGCGGCACCGCAACCCCUACCAGCAAACUGCAACGUAUCAAGCUGAAACUCUCGCACCCCCCCAAAGAUGAGGCAGAUCAGUACGGCGACAGUGAUGUGAUUGAAACAGAGGACCUUGAUGAGAUCGAACUCCCCGAACUCGCUCCUGAGGUGGGGUUUGACGAGCACGAACUGUCGCUCCGCUCCAUGGACCUCUACCGGCUGCUGCGCCGGCAGAUCUUCUGGGCGGAGAAGGAAUCCGUCGAGCUACGAAAGGAAUGGGAGAGGAUACAGCCCAAGCGCAAGGAGGCCUGGCGCGAGAAAGAAGGCAUCUUUGACGACGUGAUCGACGCCGAGCUCCGGCUUUUCAGCGCCAUCGUCGGUAGCGAGGGU